UUUGGAAUAAAGAAUUAAAAAAUUCUAAUGUCCACACGUGUAAUAUUUCAAAACAUCAAUGCACCGUUAUCUUAAAAUAUCUUUGUCUUGUACACUGGAAAAGUUCACACACCAGACACCCAACUGGAAGCUCUUCCUCCAAGCAUUCAUGUUGACCAUUGAAUGCACAAUUAGUUGCAUACUACUAGACCCGAGAAAGUGUAAGAGUGAGUUUAUAUGUAAAGCAAAACUUUCUGCUGGGGGAGCUGUUAAGAAGACUAAGCCUGAUGGAAUUUAUAUAGACAAACGUGGCAAAGUGAGAGGCUUUAAUCCAAAGAAACUGUCUAGGAAAAAAUGUGGCUCUUUAAGGGGACGAGGAUGGACUUAUGGUUCUGGGUUUAUUGAUGGAAUAUUCCCAGUUAUGAGCCCCACCGCUCAGCAGCUUCUGGACAUUCUGCAGAAGGAAGUGGAUCAAAACAGAAUUUGGGAAGUUCUUGAUAGCCUUCCUGCCUCUCAUACCAUAUGGGACGACAUCAUCAAUGUAGCCGUUCAACUUCGCCUCAAUAGGAGGUGGGAUCUCAUCAUGUCGGUAUUUGAGUGGAUGGUGUGCAAAAGCUCCUUCAAGCCAGAUGUCAUUUGCUACAAUUUACUCAUAGAGGCAUAUGGGCAGAAAUCUCUAUAUAAGGAGGCUGAAUCAUCAUAUUUAGAACUUCUUGAAGCCGGAUGUGUUCCCACUGAAGAUACUUAUGCCCUUCUUAUAAAGGCUUAUUGCAAGUGUGGCUUAUUAGAAAAAUCUGAAGCUGUCUUUUAUGAAAUGAGAAAAUAUGGUCUUCCCCCAAGUACAACUGUGUACAAUGCCUUUAUUGAUGGGUUGAUCAAAAGUGGAAACCCUCAGAAAGCAGAAGAGAUAUUUCAAAGAAUGAAGAGAGAUUGCUGCCAACCAUCAACUGAUACUUACACAAUGCUGAUAAACUUAUAUGGAAAGGCAAGUAAAUCCUACAUGGCCUUGAAGGUAUUUCAUGAAAUGAGAAGUCAAAAGUGCAAACCUAAUAUCUGCACAUAUACUGCUCUGGUGAAUGCAUUUGCUAGGGAGGGACUUUGUGAAAAAGCAGAAGAAAUAUUUGAGCAACUGCAAGAAGCUGGGCAUGAGCCUGAUGUGUAUGCUUAUAAUGCCCUUAUGGAAGCUUACAGUCGUGCAGGUUUUCCUUACGGGGCUGCUGAAAUUUUUUCACUCAUGCAGCACAUGGGGUGUGAACCAGAUAGAGCUUCAUAUAAUAUCAUAGUAGAUGCAUAUGGAAGAGCUGGCCUUCAUGAGGAUGCUCAAGCUGCAUUUGAAGAGAUGAAAAGACUUGGGAUAACUCCAACAAUGAAAUCCCAUAUGCUCCUCUUGUCAGCCUACUCAAGAAUCGGAGAUGUGGCUAAAUGUGAAGACAUUGUAAAUCAGAUGCACAAAUCUGGGCUAGAGCCAGACACUUUUGUCAUUAACAGUAUGCUGAACUUAUAUGGCCGGUUAGGCCAGUUUGAAAAGAUGGAGGACACUCUAACUGCAAUGGAAAAAGGACCAUAUGUCGCUGACAUCAGUACAUAUAACAUCUUGAUCAACGUGUAUGGACGGGCAGGAUUUUUCGAGAAAAUGGAAGGGCUCUUUCAAUUGCUUCAGACCAAAAACUUAAAACCGGAUGUUGUGACUUGGACUUCUCGUAUUGGAGCUUACUCUAGAAAGAAACUAUACAGGAAAUGCUUGGAAGUUUUCGAAGAAAUGAUUGAUGCUGGUUGCUACCCAGAUGGUGGAACUGCUAAAGUACUUCUUUCAGCAUGUUCAAGUGAAGAUCAAACUAAGCAGAUAACAACUGUAAUUAGAAACAUGCACAAGGAUGUGAGGGCUGUUUUACCCAUCUGAUGGAUGUCUAUAACUUAAUCGAUAAUGCCGAAUAGCUACGGUUUUAUUUGGGUAGCAGAUAGAUGUUCACUCAAUGAUGGUGUACAAAGUUAGGGAUUACAUAAGUUCUUCCAUGGAAAGUUUCUUCUGGGCAAACUUUUGUUUAUGCAAUAUUAUCAUAUUAAAGAAAGUUUAUUAGAUGCAUGCAUUUUAAUCGUAAUUAUGCAUAUUAGAGUAGGAAAUUGUUAUGCUAAUGAUGGUUUACUUGGAUUCUAUCUUCUAUAUGAUUUUUCCUUUUUUC